AUGACGACGACGAAGACGACGAUCUGGCGGCCGAACGUGAGAGUGACCCUCGACGAGUAUGGCGAAGUCGAGGACACGGAGCAGGAAGGAGAGGAGGUGACGAAGCAGGGGACGAAGCGAAAGAGAGCCCCUCCCACGAAGGGGCCGUGCGAGCACGGGGUGAAGCCUCGGUCGAGAUGCAAGGUGUGCAGCGCUUGUCCGCACGGGAAGCGGCGCUCUCAGUGCAAGGAGUGCGGUGGUGCAUCAAUCUGCAAGCACAGUCGUGAGCGGUUCAAGUGCAAGGAGUGCGGUGGUGCAUCAAUUUGCGAGCACGGUCGUAUACGCUCUCGGUGCAAGGAGUGCGGUGGGGGCUCAAUCUGCGAGCACGGUCGUCAUCGCCAUAGCUGCAAGGAGUGCGGUGGUGCAUCAAUCUGCGAGCACGGUCGUGAGCGUCGUUACUGUAAGGAGUGCGGUGGGUCUGGAAUCUGCGAGCACGGUCGUCACCGCUCUUUCUGCAAGGAGUGCGGCGGGUCUCAAAUCUGCGAGCACGGUCGUGUACGCUCUACAUGCAAGGAGUGCGAUGGGUCUCAAAUCUGCGAGCACGGUCGUCAUCGCCAUAGCUGCAAGGAGUGCGGUGGUGCAUCAAUCUGCGAGCACGGUCGUAUACGCAACACAUGCAAGGAGUGCGGCGGGGCCUCAAUCUGCGAGCACGGUCGUGAGCGCUCUAGGUGCAAGCAGUGCGGCGGGUCUCAAAUCUGCGAGCACAGUCGUGUACGCUCUAGGUGCAAGGAGUGCGGUGGGUCUCAAAUCUGCGAGCACGGUCGUCAGCGCUCUCUGUGCAAGGAGUGUGGUGGGGGCUCAAUCUGCGAGCACAGUCGUGUACGCUCUAAGUGCAAGGUAUGUCGUCGCGGCGCGUGA